UCCUUUCAAGAUGGCAGCCGCGCGCUGUCCGAGGUAUCCGCGACUAGUUCUGUGGAGGUUGUGGCAACCUGUGAGAUGGCCACAAAAUUCGGCAGCAGGUCAGGCCUUAACAGCGAGGACUUAUACCCGGGGCAAUGGCUCAUACUCGCGCACGGCGCUAUAUGACCUGCUUGGCGUCCCUUCCACAGCCACUCAGGCGCAAAUAAAGGCGGCGUACUACCGGCAGUGUUUCCUUUACCACCCGGACCGCAACUCGGGGAGCGCAGAGGCUGCCGAGCGCUUCACGCGCAUCUCCCAGGCGUACCUGGUGUUGGGCAGUGCCAGCCUCCGUCGCAAAUACGACCGCGGACUUCUUAGCGACGAGGACCUGCGGGGCCCCGGCGUCCGACCUUCUACGACGCCCGCAGGUUCCCCUGACCCACCGCGCUCCCCGCCGGUCUCCUCUCGCGUCCGCAGCGCCGAUCGGGCAGCCCCGGACCCCGGCCGCACCUUGUUCGACUUCGACGCCUUCUACCAGGCGCACUACGGGAUGCAGCUGCAGCGUGAGCAGCGCCUGCGGGCCCGGCGAGAGGCCCUGCGCAAGCUGCAGGAGGACCGGGCCAAGAAGAGCUUCAGCUGGGACGACAGCCGCGACACCACGGUCAUCUUGCUGCUCUUCCUCAUCUUCAUCACCAUUGGCCUUCGUAUUUAGUCGGAAAGAGGGAGGGCAGGGAAGCCUCUCCAGCUGGCCCCACGUUUGCGGCCUCUGCUGUACCACUGGCCUUUUUCAAAGCUUACCUCUGCUGGGCUGUGAAGGGAUACUGCCCUCCCACCCUCCUGCCCACCCCGCGGAUGACUUGCACACACACCCCUUGGUCCAUAAAAGGAGGCAUGUGAUGCCCAGCACAGAGACCUCAGGAUGAAGUCCCAGAAGCCCAGGAGUGAAGGGUGUUCCGAAGUCUCUUGGGUGCUUGCUUUUUGAGAUUGCCUUCCUGAGUGUCACCAACUUCCUGGUCACUUGCUCCAGCUUCAUUGUAAAGCCCUGAACAAGAAUUGUGGUUCCUGCCCAUUUGUUCUGGGGUUCCUCUGUCACCUUGAAACGUGCUAUAAGGCCCGUGUUAGCUGCCAAAAGAAAAAGUCUGGGGUUGUCUGCAACUUGUCUGUCUGUGUAUUUCCCCAAGUCACUAGGAUUGAACCAGGGUGAGAAUGUGGGCUGCAGGGAAUGUGCGCCUCUCCAGGGUCAUUCGCCUCUGUUGGCAGCAGGGGGAGUGGGAGAACAAAUAAGGACUCCUCCAGUGUCCAUGUUUAUGGAGUACCUUGGAGAAGUAAUUCGUGCCACAGCAGCAGAGGAGGAAUCGUUUCUCUCUUGAGAUGUUAUGCCUUUUUUUUUUUUUUUUUUUCGGAACCAGGGAUUGAACUCAGGUCCUUGUGCUUGCCAGGAAAGCACUUAUUGCACUGAGCCAUCUCCCCGGCCCGCUGUCAUGCCUUAUUAUCCAAGGCCCUAAUCCUCAGUGAUUAUAGCAUGACGACGCUAGUAGGACCAAGUUCAUCUUGGGACAGAAAACCAGUUACCUACUCAUCCUUUCUCUACCCAUUGUUAACUAGGCAGCCAGUCCCCUCUGAAAUAGACUUGGAACUUGAGUCCUGCAGUGUGGCCCUGCUCCUGCUGAGUCCUUGAAAUAGGGCUGCCGAAAGCUGUGAGAAACUUCAGGGGUUCUGAGUGGCCAGGACUACCCCAGGAUGGAACAGGAGGCUUGCUGGCCAAAGUGGACACUAGAUUUCUUACGCAGACUUAGCUGGAGGUCUGAGGCAAGGAUGUGUGCCCAAGUCUAGUGUCUAAACAGGAAGAUGCUUUGGUAAAUGAAUACUAAUUGCUACUGUAGAUUUUCUCUGUAAGAUUCUUGUUUAAAUUGAGAUAAAGCCAGCUGGCUGCUUAGCUACAAGCCUGAGGCAGGAGGAUCCCAAGUUAAUAAGGGCCAG